GCUCUAUGUGUCCCCGAGGAAAUCUGCAGAGGAGAAAACAUCCUCCCCCUUGAAGUGGUGCCGGCAGGUGCUGGAUAACCCCAGCCCCGAGAUCGAGGCAGCCUGCAGGACCCUCAUCAACAGGCUGGACCAAGCCAGUAGAUGGAAAAACCUGUAUUGCAGCCCCCUGGCAUCUCCCAACUUGAAUUCUGAGCCAGGCUCCUGUAGCAAUGCACUAAACUCUCCUGGGCACCUCAAAUCGACUAACAAAGCACUACUAACCUGUGGCAGCUCAGGUUACCUGAGCAUGCACUCGGCGCUGAGCUCCCAGUCCUCGGUGGACAGCGAGCUGAGCACCUCGGACGACUCCAUCUCCAUGGGCUACAAACUGCAGGACCUCACCGAUGUCCAGGUCAUGGCACGCCUUCAGGAAGAGAGCCUCCGGCAGGACUGUGCCUCCAGCUCCGCCUCCGUGUCCCGGCGCAGCUCCAGCGCGUCCCUGCACUCCCUGCGCCGCGGCACCUACAGCGACCAGGAGUUCGACACCUACAGCCUGGAGGACGAGGACGACUACGACUGUUCCCUGUCCUUCCGCAGCGCCCACAGAUACUCCCCGUCCCCCCUGAGCUCCCCCCGCUGCCAGUCCCCCUCCUCCAGCGUGGAUUACGGAAGGUCCUCCGCGUCCCGGCUCCGCGCCCCGCGCAGGGCGGGCAACGGCCCCAUGCAGGACCGGCUCAAGUACGCCAACAGCGAAGAGGAGCUGAGGCACAGCAUGCCCAACCUGGCCAGGAGCAGCCUGCGCGCGCUCGACUCCGUGAGGAGCAGUCGGAGCCUGGAGUCCGACCUGCAGGUGCCCAGCAGCCGAAUUCCCAGGACUCAGCAGCGGUCAGCAGGUCUGACUCCCAGCAAGCUCAGGUAUUCCUCGGGUGCCGGGCAGUCCCCGCUGACGGUGCGACAGCCCGGCAAGGCCGGCUCGGGCACCAACUCCCUGCUGGCCACCAGGCAGGUGAAACCCUGCGGCUACACAGCUCCCGGCUCUGCAGUCAGGAAGCCACAGGCCCCUUCGCUUCACACGGGCUCUCCCAGCACCAGUUGCACUUCCAGAACCACCACCAUGGUCACCGCGGCCAAAAAUUCCGCCCUGAAGGCACGGCCGGCCGUCGGAGGGAUCGCGGCGCCCAAGGGAAAGGCGACGCCGCCGUCCAGGAGGUUCCUUCAGUCGGCACAGCCCCCCCCGGCCCCCGAGGACGACUCCUGGAAGGAUGGGUGCUACUGACCCCCCAACACCUCCGUGGAGCAGAGCCCCAGCUGGCUGGGCAUCACCUCCCUGGGCAAGGAGCCUCCAGCCCCCUCUCCCUGCAGACUCAUGUACAUAUUCCUCAGAUUCCUGGGAAGCAGCUCCACCUGCUGCUCUGCCAAGAGCCCGACGGGACCGGCAACGGCUUCCACCCACCAAGAGUCUUCCCAGGAAGACUGCAAAUGGCCUUAUUUCAUCUGCCCCCCUGCCUGCAGCCCUUGGGAAGGUCUGUCACCCCCAAGCUGGGCUGUGACCCUGCUCCUGAGGGUGCUGGGAAGGCUGGGAGGGUCCUCUCUGUGCCGGGAAGCAGCUCUGAGCCGGUGCUGUGGGGUGGCAGAGCUCGGGGAGACUAGAAAUAGUGACAUAGGUGUUAGAAUUAAGACUUUUUAAAUCCAACCUGAUGUGCUCUGAUAUUUGUCUGAAACUCAACUGGGUUUUGUUUUUUUUUUUUUUUUGGUUGGUUGUUUGGUUUUGUUUUUUUUUUACUUCUGUAUAGAAUGUAUUUCUGCUACUUUUUAUGGUUUGGUCUAGAGCUGCAGCAGGUUUUUAUAACUGUAGAACACUUCAAACUGUUGUAUGCAGGUGUCAGCACAGGCCACGAGUGAAGGAGCAGUACACAAUAUUUGUGUGGGGUGUGAACAGGCAGGGACAGGGGAUGCCAGUUCAAAACUGCUGGUUCCCAGCACCACCUUACCUCAGCUGAGAGGAGGUUACCACCAGGUAAGAGCAAACUUUAAAAAAAAAAAUAACCCUCCCUGACAGCUUUGGCUUGAAGUGUUUGAUCUCUCAGCUGGUUCCCAACUGCCCUGACUUUUGUAGAAGUUUUUUACUGUCUCUUAAGGAUUCUGUUCCAGUGUCCUUUUCCUCAGCAAGUGCUGGAUGCUCCAAACAGUCUUAGUCCAGGAAAUAUGCACUGAUAGCAACGUUCUCCCUGCCAUCAAUGUGACCUUGAAAUAGUGUAGUUUAAUAAAAUGUUAUGGUGCUGAA